AUGGGUAAAAAGAGCUUCAGGGGCAAGAACAGAAAAGGCGGCGGCGGUGGCCGAGGCGGAGGUGGUGGUGGUGGCCAGGACCGAAGUGGCUGGAGAGACUAUGCUGUUAUUCCCAAGGAGAACGAGAAGCUCCAGCGCUUCUACGAUACGCUCCUCCAGCUUCCUGAGGAGGAGAAGAACGCUUACUGGGAGGCUCUCCGACGCGAACUCCCCAACAGCUUCAGGUUCUGCGGUUCCAAGGGCCACGCUCUCACUGUCAAGAGCCUUCUCCAGACCAGAUACAUCCCCGAAAUCGUCAAGAUCGAGCAUCAGGAUGGCCGACCCGUUGAGCCUCCUCGCCCCGUGCCUUGGUACCCCGACGGGCUGGCUUGGUGGAUGACUACUCCCAAGAACGUCGUUCGCAAGUUCCCUCCCUUCGCUGCAUUCCAGAAGUUCCUGGUCUCCGAGACGAGCGUUGGAAACAUCAGCCGACAGGAAGUCGUCAGCAUGAUUCCUCCCAUGUUGAUGGAUCUCCAACCUGGUAUGACCGUCCUCGACAUGUGCGCUGCUCCUGGAAGCAAGGCUGCGCAACUACUCGAGAUGAUUCACCAGGGCGAGGAGGCUCGCGUGCGCAAGGUCCUGCGAUCCUACGCCCAAGAGGAUGGUCUGGAUCUUGGUGCUGAGACCAAGGAAGAGAAGGAGGCCGACCUGGAAGCCGACCCGAGCGACGCUGGACGAGCCACUGGAAUGCUCGUCGCCAACGACUCCGACUACAAGCGCGGUCACAUGCUUGUCCAUCAGCUCAAGCGACUCUCUUCACCCAACCUCCUCGUUACGAACCACGAUGCCACUCAAUUCCCCUCCAUCAGACUCCCCGCCAAGGAUGGCAAGAAGCCUACCUACCUCAAGUUUGACCGUAUUCUGGCCGAUGUUCCUUGCUCUGGUGACGGAACCCUGCGAAAGAACGCAAACAUCUGGAAGGAUUGGCAGCCUGGAAGUGCCCUUGGCCUUCAUCUCACACAGAUCAGAAUCUUGGUUCGCGCUCUUCAACUUCUGAAGGUUGGUGGCCGAGUCGUUUUCUCUACCUGCAGUAUGAACCCUGUCGAGAACGAGUCUGUUGUUGUCUCUGCCAUUGAGCGAUGCGGUGGUCCUGGAAAUGUCGAGAUUGUCGACUGCAGCAACGAGCUCCCUAACCUUAAGCGAUACCCUGGAUUGAAGGACUGGAAGAUCAUGGACAAGAGCGCCAGAAUCUGGAGCUCCUGGAAGGAGGUUGAGGACUUUGCCAACGAGAGCGCCGAAGGCGUUAUCCCUGGACGAGUUGUCGAGACCAUGUUCCCCAGACUUGAGGGUUCUGAUUGCUCUGAUCUGCCUCUUGAGCGCUGUAUGCGAGUCUACCCUCACAUGCAGGACACUGGCGGUUUCUUCAUCACCGUUUUGGAGAAGAAGUCUGAGUUCAAGGCUAAGAACGAGAAUGAGAUUAAGGAGUCCAAGCAGGCUGCCAAGGCUGAGGCUUCUGCCGAUGUUUCUGUUGCGGCCACUCCUAGUGAGAAGGUUGUUGAGGAGACUCCCGCCAAGGAGGAGGAGGCCCCUGUGAAGACUGAGGCUGAGGCAGCACCUGUCGAGACCGAGGUUGCACCUGCUAAGACCGAGGAGAAGGAGGAUGUCACUAUGGACGACGCAUCCACAAACGGUAACAAGCGACCUCUCGAGUCCGAGGAAGCUCAAGAUCAGCCCGCUAAAAAGGUCAAGACUGAUUCUACUGAGCCCUCGGCUGUCGCAACUCCUGUUCCUCAAGUGAACCAGGAGGGCAACAAACCUCGCCGCAAUGGCCCCGUUGAGGAGGCUUUCAAAUACCUCGAUAUCGCUCACCCUACCGUCCAGAGCAUCAAGGAGUUCUAUCACAUCUCCAAGCGUUUCCCCGACGACCGAUACAUGGUGCGAAACGAGAUGGGUGAGCCUGCCAAGGCUAUCUACUACACCAGCGCUCUCCUUCGUGACAUUCUCGUUGAGAAUGAGGGCCGUGGUAUCAAGUUUAUCCAUGGCGGUGUCCGCAUGUACAUGAAGCAGGAUGCCCCCUCAGCUGAGGUCUGCAGAUGGCGCAUCCAGGCCGAGGGGAUGCCCAUCCUGCAGGGUUACGUUGGCGAGCCUCGUGUUGUGCACCUCCACAACAAGGAGACUUUCCGCAAGCUUCUCAUCGAGAUGUUCCCUCGUAUCAACGAUGGAAAGUACGAGCGUUUCGACGAGAUCGGCGAACGUGUCCGAGAUAUCGGCAUGGGUUGUGCCGUCCUCCGCGUUGAGCCUGACGGAACAGACCCAGACUUCAACGAGCGCAUGGCUCUGCCCCUCUGGAAGAGCAUACACUCCCUCAACCUCAUGCUUCCCAAGGAGGACCGAUCUGCUAUGUUGCUACGUAUCUUCAACGAUACUUCUCCUCUUAUUAACAUCGUUACGCACAAGCACGCCCCCAAGGCUGCUGUCGAAGAGGACUCCAAGGAGGAGAUUGACGUCGCGGAUCUUCCCUCACCUGAGGAGUCCGCUGAUGUGGAAGUUGUAACGGAGCCAGCCAAGGAGGCCGAGGCUGAGGAUAAAAUGGAAACGGCUUAA